CUUCCUACCGCCAAACUUCAAUGAGCAAGCAACAUGAGCUUGGCUGAAUGACUUGUACUGAUUUUGUGUGUUGCGAAUAAUAGUCGCUUGUAAAGUUGCCAUUGGCAAUCAUGCGUCGCAUAAAGGAACAGCGGCCCGAAUUGUGUAGGACCAGACCCAGCGAACCCCGCAUUCGACAUACAAUCGAGAAGUCGAGAGGAGAUACUACCGCAAACCUCUCUUCUGAAGCUUUUCUUUCUAUUCCCUUGAAGAUCUGUAUCUGUGGCUUGCCCGCUUCUCACCUAGCGGCGGGAAGGGCUUUUAUCCAGGACAUGUAUUCCGACCUGGAGGGGUCUACCCCGCGUCCAUCCCCCGCCAGUUUUACUCGCUAUCCAAGACUGAGAGUUUCUCCAUGAGGGCCUAUCUUGUACGUGAACUAGCAAUGUACCAUGUACCAUGCAAGGUCUGUAUGGCGAUGUUCGAACUCAAUUCUUCGAGUUUGUCGGUCUUCUGGGGUCGGCCCGACGGACCAAGAGAUGAUCCCCUAUGUCUCUCGCUAUAAGUAGAGCUAUUUCCUGUCUCUUUUGUCGUUUACAUGUAAUUUCCUUUCAAUGAUCUCGUCAUGAAAGUUUUACAGUCUCUUUUCUUAGCUGGCCUUGCGCUUCACAGUGCUGCCUUCUCUGUUGGUGGCAAGAAUAUUGUGGUCAAGAAGGAUAGUGAUAGAUUGCAGAACCUGGUAACGUAUGAUGAGCACUCAUUGAUGGUUCGAGGCGAACGGAUCUUCAUCUACAGUGGUGAAUUUCAUGCUUUUCGACUGCCUGUGCCAGAUCUAUGGCUCGAUAUUCUCCAGAAAAUUAAAGCGGCUGGUUUCAGUGCUGUAUCGUUCUAUACAGACUGGGCGCUGCUAGAAGGGGAACAAGGAGCAUAUCGGGCGGACGGCGCCUUUGCGAUAGAGCCACUCCUCGAGGCUGCGGCCAAAGUCGGAAUAUACCUUAUUGCACGACCAGGCCCCUACAUCAAUGCCGAAACAAGUGGUGGUGGUUUUCCAGGAUGGUUGCAACGCAUCAAAGGGGCUUUGCGGACCAGAGCACCAAGUUACCUUGCUGCCACAGAUAAUUACAUCUCUUCGAUCGGCAAGACAAUUGCUAAGUAUCAGAUUACAAACGGCGGUCCGGUCAUCUUACUCCAGCCAGAAAACGAAUAUUCUGGAGGCCUUGAUCCGUUCCCAGAUCCUGUCUAUGCUGAUCAUCUGGAGCAGCAAUACCGAGAUGCAGGUAUUGUGGUUCCAUUCAUCAGCAACGAUGCAUGGGCCGCCGCUGGGCAUCUUGCCCCUGGACCAGACGCAAAUGGAUCUACUCUUGGAGAUGUAGAUAUCUAUGGUUUUGACUCCUAUCCACUUGGAUUCGACUGUGCUAAUCCGCAUGUCUGGCCAAACACCUCCUUGCCGCAGACUUACUACGUUGACCACCAAGGUGUAUCUCCGUCAACUUUCAUGUCAAUUGUCGAGUUCCAAGGGGGGGCUUUUGAUGCUUGGGGUGGUAAUGGGUUUGAUAAAUGUGCAGCGCUGCUCAACAUGGAGUACGAACGCGUAUUUUUCAAGUACGCACUUGCUCAAGGCACUACACUGCUCAACAUAUAUAUGACGUACGGAGGAACCAAUUGGGGUAACUUGGGGUUUUCAGGAGUCUACACAUCCUAUGACUACGGAGCUGCGAUCUCCGAGAAUCGAGAAGUUGACCGGGAGAAGUACAGCGAAGCCAAGCUUAUUGGAAACUUCUUGAGAGUUUCUCCAGCCAUCUUGACAACGUCUGUUGGAUCCCCUACAAACUCUUUUGCAAGCACUCCUUCGAUCACUGUCAACCCCUUGUACGGCAACGGGACGAUAACCAACUUUUAUCUGGUAAGAGCUACAGACGAAACGCAGGACACUCCAAUUUCCUUCACUUUCAGGGCCCCAACGAGCAAAGGCGAAGUUUCUAUUCCUCAGCUUGGUGGCACUCUGACUCUCCCUGGCCGUGAUGCAAAAUGGCUUGUGACAGACUACUCAAUCGGCAAUACUACCGUGCUUUAUUCGACAGCAGAAAUAUUCACUUGGAAGCAAACUGGUACGAAGGCAUUCCUGGUUGUCUAUGGUGGUACUGGCGAACAGCACGAACUUGCCCUUAUCUCCGCCUCUGUGGCGAAAACGACUGAGGGGUCUGGGAUAACCGCCAAGACCAACAAUAGCAUGACUAUUUUGGGUUGGAAAACGUCAAGCACUCGUCGCGUGGUACAAGUCGGAAGCGUAUUCGUUUACAUCCUUGAUCGAAAUACUGCAUACAAUUACUGGGUACCGGACUUCAAGAGAAGCGACAGCUGGGGCUCCUAUACUACAACUAUCGACAAGACAAGCUCUGUAAUCAUCGAAGCAGGCUACUUGGUCCGAGAAGUUACACUCGAUGGAUCUGCAUUAAAAAUCACUGGAGAUCUAAAUGCCACUGCCCCCUUAAAAGUGAUCGGGGUGCCAAAAUCCGCAACACAGCUGUCAUUCAAUGGCAAGAAAUUAAGUUUCAAGACAGAUACAGUGACUGGAGAAUGGACGUCAAGUCUUGAGUACAAGAAACCUGCAGUCAAUUUGCCCAAUUUGUCCAGUCUUAAAUGGAAAUACAUAGACAGCCUACCAGAGAUCCAAGCUUCGUACGACGAUUCAAAGUGGACUGUGGCAGAUCACAAAACAACAAACAAUCCGACUGCACUUGCAACGCCGACUUCUUUGUAUGCUUCAGACUACGGGUAUAACACUGGAGCUCUCAUUUACAGAGGUCACUUUACAGCAACAGGCAAAGAGACGACACUCAACCUAACUACCCAAGGUGGCGCCGCAUACGGAAGCAGUGUCUGGCUCGGUAACACAUACUUAGGCUCUUGGACAGGCAACGACAAAACCAUCAUCCACGCCGACAUCUACACCCUCCCCAAGCUCAAAGCCGGAACCAAAUACAUUAUUACCGCCGUAAUUGACAACAACGGUCUCAACGAAAACUGGUACGUCGGCGCCGACGACAUGAAAACUCCCCGCGGCAUAAUGAACUACACCCUCACCGACCACUCCCAAACCGCCAUAACCUGGAAGCUAACCGGAAACCUCAACGGCGAGAAAUAUCUCGACAAAGCGCGCGGCCCCCUCAACGAAGGUGGCCUCUUCGCCGAACGCCAAGGCUACCACCUCCCAUCACCACCGAGCCAAAACUGGGCAUCUCUCAGUCCACUAACAGGAACCAAAACCGCAGGAAUCGCAUUCUACAGCACCUCAUUCAAGCUUGAUCUUCCUUCAGGCUACGACAUACCGCUUAUAUUCAACUUCGGCAAUACGACUAUGGAUGGUGGCAAGACAACGGCGAAUUUCCAGGCGCAGCUGUGGGUUAAUGGGUGGCAGUUUGGGAAGUAUAUCAAUAAUAUUGGGCCGCAGUUGAGCUUUCCUGUGCCGCAGGGGAUUCUGGAUUAUCAUGGGGAGAACUGGGUUGCGGUGGAGAUCUGGGCGAGGAAUAGUGGUGGAGCGAGGUUGAGUAAGUUGGAGCUGGAGGCUGGGGUGCCGGUUUUGACGGCGUUGAAAGAGCCGAGGAGUGUUGAUGCUCCGCGGUGGAGGAAGAGGGUGGGUGCGUAUUGA